UACCGCACCUGCGCAGCCAUCUUGAGCUUCUAGCAAGCAACGGAUACAGAAAGGCAGAAAAUAGGAGUAAAAUACAACAGCCUGACCUGAGGAAACAGGGAUAUGUCCGCUAGAAUCUAGGGUAUAUGAAACGAUAAAGAUCGAAUACAGUGGAACAACCAGAGGACAGUAACGGAUACGGUAAAACAGCCAUCUAAGUGCCUUGGAUACCCGGACCUACAAGUCAUCUUUUUUGCCGGAGUAGGAAGGAAGAGUCGAGUCGCCGACAGAAAAACACAUUCAGAGUGAAACCAUGAAUCCCGAAUAUGACUAUCUGUUCAAGCUCCUGCUCAUCGGAGACUCUGGAGUAGGAAAGUCCUGUCUUCUGCUGCGUUUUGCUGAUGACACCUACACAGAGAGCUACAUCAGCACCAUCGGAGUAGACUUUAAGAUCCGCACCAUCGAGCUGGAUGGCAAGACCAUCAAACUGCAGAUUUGGGACACUGCAGGUCAGGAGAGGUUUCGUACCAUCACCUCCAGUUACUACCGCGGAGCCCACGGCAUCAUAGUUGUAUAUGAUGUGACGGAUCAGGAGUCCUAUAACAACGUCAAGCAGUGGCUUCAGGAAAUCGACCGUUACGCCAGUGAAAAUGUCAACAAGCUUCUGGUGGGCAACAAGUGUGACCUGACCACUAAGAAAGUAGUAGACUACACAACAGCCAAGGAGUUCGCCGACUCUUUGGCCAUCCCCUUCCUGGAGACGAGCGCCAAGAACGCCACCAACGUAGAGCAGGCUUUCAUGACCAUGGCCGCAGAGAUCAAGAAGCGUAUGGGCCCCGGGGCCACAGCCGGUGGCGACAAGCCCAACUUAAAAAUCGAGAGCACUCCCGUCAGGCAGUCUGGAGGGGGCUGCUGUUAAAAGACCCCUCGCCCCCCACACCACUCCGACCCUCACCGCCACCAUUUCCACUGAAAUCUUCCCUUCUUCUCCAUCUGUGUUCUCUCCCAUCAUUUCCCACAGCCCACCACUCCUCCAUAACAUCCCGUAAGCCACACCCAACGCCCCUUCUAUCGGCCGUCUGGAUAUCCGGGGAUGAUUGAACAGAGGAGUAAACUGUAAGAGUGUUAAGAUCAGAAAACAGAUUGAAACUUUACAUGGGUUAAUUCGGGCCUGUGCACCCAUCAAACACCGGAGGGAGGAAAGCGAGCGGUCUGUGAGGGAGGGACAGAAACCGGCACCGACACUUUUACUUUCUGCCAAAAGGGCAGAAAGUAAACAGAAACCGGGAAGAUUGGUAUUGAUCUAGAAUGGAAUGGAGGCAGUGUAAGAUUAGGUUUAGAUACAAGUGAGCUUAUCUCUAUAUACACACACGCACACGCACACGCACACGCACAUUCACACUCAAACACACUGUAGUGGGGUGGCAGAGGUUAAGGACAUUUAGGCCUUUUGGCUAAACACUCCUCUCCUCAGGCUGUGUCUGUCUUUGCUGAUGUCAUUUUAGAGCCACCUCGCGCCAGCCCAAACGUUUUCAUCCCUGGAAUUAUUUACCUGCACACACAUACACACACAUACACACACACCCAGUGACUCAUCAUUACCAUUUAUUGAUGAAGAUCCAGGGAGAGCACAUUCAGUGAGCCUCCGCUCCCUCCGUCUGUCCUCUUCCUCAGCUUCCAAUCUCACUUUCUUAAGGUGUGUUCAGACAGGAAGCAAAAGGGAAUUCUCGCGUCAUGUCAUUUACGUGGAUUCGAAAAUUUCCCUUCCGCCAACUACGAGGAAAUGACAAUAACAGUACUUAGCAACAGGCACAUUCACACAAACGUGUGCCUUUCAUUGCCAAAGGCUUUGGGCAUGCAUAUUGUAGUUUUCCCCACAUCGCGGCCUCUCAAGCGCAUUUAAACGCCAUGUUAAAACUAUUAUAUCCAACUACUGACCGUAAACUGUAGAAAGAAUGAUUUAAACAGCAACCGAGGAUUCAAUAAUUAUAUUCAUUUUUACUCAGUUCCACUAAAACCAAACGUUUUUCUGCUGCUGGGCAGUAGGGGACUCAUCUCUAGCUGUAAGCUAGCUAGAAAUGGACGCACCGACCACCCAGACGUGUCUACGCCACACUCUGUGCCAUCCCGGUGUAUUUGCGUCUAUUCGUGCCCACUCAAGCUUUUCCUUUAAAUUUGUAUGCCAGCUGUUCAAAAUUCCCCUCAUGUUCUGUCUGAACACACCUUUUUAAGGUUCUGUAAACGGAUGACGGUAGCGGUAUGAAAACUCUUCACACGGCGAGCUAACCAGAUACAGUUUGCAAGCCAGCUAGCUUGAUCGCUAACAAUAAGUUAACGCAGUUUACUCAAGAGACAGAAAUAAAUUGGUUGCAAUGAGAUCACAUACAGGAGAAAGAUCUACAUGCAAAGACAGAUUGUGCUUAGCUUUGAAGGAAGCAUUAACCAAGGGAUUCUUUAACUUAAACUCCCGGCUCAACACUUGAGGUAGAAGAGGACUACUGGCAGGUCGGUUAAGUCCACAAAUAGACGUCAGCGUUGUGAUGGAGGAGGUGGAUGUGAGAACUGCAAUAUAUGGUGUUAGUUUUUCUUUCUUUUUUGUCUUCAUUUCAUAUAUAAAAGAAAGCAAUGUGACGACACGCUGUAACAUUUAGCACGGUGACUUCCUGGAAUGACACUAAAUAUUACAGUCCAGGGGGAAAGUGAGGGGGGGGGGGAAUGCACUCAGUUUAACUUAAACAAAAGCAAUUGGCAUUUUACAAAUACUGUUUUAUGAUAGUUGUGGUUUUUAUUGUUUUUUUAUUUACUCAUUGAUACUUCUGAUAGAGACGACUUGUACAAUUAGCUUAAACUCUCAUGUUCAGUACGUGACUGGUGUAGGUUUUAGGAUGUCAUUUUCAUUCUUGCUUGUUUGCAGAUGAAGCUGAGGUGGAGAUGUGGUGUGGGUGUGUCUGUUGGCUGUCGGGGUGGGUUCUUACAAAAAGCUGCUGUUCCUUCCCACGAGAUCGACCCGCUUGUCAAACAUACAGUUUUCACAUUUGAGCCCUUUACAAUAAUUACUUGGUACACUUCAAAUAAACAAGGCCGCAUGUUUGUUUUGCCAAAACGUCAAACGGAGAUUUUAGACGCACUUUAUUUGAAGUAUACUGAGGCCUUUACAUUCAACACUGCAGCUGGUUUAACAGACCGUUUCUGCGUUACUGAUGCUCAUAAUCAUGUGGACAUGGACACUGAUAUACUCCUAUCGUUUGAAAAUUCAAAAUUUGCCACUGUCACAGUUUUUCCAAGUUUACUCGUAUUUGAGCGUGAAAUUUUCUUCUUGACGUCAGACUUUUACCAGCUUUCACCGUCCUUAAUGGCAGAAUUAUGUUAGAACGACUCGAGAGGAACAAAGUUAAACUAGCAGUCGUCUUACAAGACAUUUAGAUUUUGAUGUUUUUGUUUUGAUUGGACGCAGGCCGGUCGUCAUCAACUGCCAACCAUAGUAACGGUGAAAUCAGCGACGGGUAUGAGGUUGUUUACGUGCCUGGAGCUCUUCUCAUAGCCGUGUUAGGUGUCCGCUGUAUUUCCAGGGAAACUAGAAGGAAUGUGAGGAAAAGAGCACCCUCCCCCCGCCCUUAUGGAGGGGCCUCUGCAGUGACGUAAAAAACUUCAGUGAGACCUCAUCAAUCUGAGCCGCAACUUUUUUUUUUUAGCAAGAACUGGAAGAUUAGCAUUAGGGCCUUCUGAGAACUCACUCUUUUAUUUGUCUCGGUUAUUUGUGGUUGGUUGUGCGCAGCAGGGAGAUCUAUGGACCAUAGUCGGUUUCAUCACUCGUGUUGUGUUUGGGGGCGUCUGGAGAUUCAGGGACUGACUGGUCUUUGUUUGCCGACCGGAUAUGAACUCCCAACUCUCCCCUCCAGCCAACCAUAUCACUGCAACUUGAUGAAUUCCUCGAGAUCCUCCCUGACCGGCCCCUCCACUCACACAUGGGAAUCUCACCCAGGCUUCGGUUGCACUCUUGGUUCUCUCAGCAUUUCAGCCACAGUUCUCCCUGAAACAUGAAUAUGGAUAAGUUCACAUUAUGUUGACAACAACAGCCUCCCAUUUGUGAAACCUCAUCGCUGUGAUCAGAGUGAAGCACCGGUGUGACGUCGGCUGCUUACGAUUACAUUUGCAUUUCAUUUUUUGUGUGUGUGUGUGUGUGUGUGUGUGUGUGUGUGUGUUUGUUUGUGUGUAUGUGAUGGCAUCAUUUUCCACUGAUGUAUUUUUAUUCUUUAUGUUUUCCAGCCCUGCUAAGCUAAACUGCUAAAAUGCUGUAGUUUGCUGUGCAGGACUGGAAUCUGACAUUAUUGGGGGAGGGAAGGAAACAACAACAACAGCAGUGUGUGUGUGUGUGUGUGUGUGUGUGUGUGUGUGUGUGUGUGUGUGUGUGUGUGUGUGUGUGUGUGUGUGUGUGUGUGUGUGUGUGUGUGUGUGUGUGUGUGUGUGUGUGUGUGUGUGUGUGUGUGUGUGUGUGUGUGCGCGUAGAGCAGGGUCAGGGUCGCUUGUAACAUUCCUGAAGCUUUUUGGACACAUGUUGGCAUCCUGGCAUCACACUUGAGUAGAUGCAGAACAAGCAAUCACACACACACACACACACACACGCACACAUGAUGUGUUUGGGUUUUGAUGACUGAUUUCUUUUGUUUUUUUUAUCUUUCUUUCAACAAGUCUUGUUAUUCUACUGAUUUUAAUGUAUUCAUUGAAUACUAUACUGUGUUGUCUAGUCCAUGGAAGUAUGAGGGGGACCUGAUGAGGGUGGGGUUAAACACACGCAGGGGGGGGCUUUUGCUUAUGAAUGUGAUUCUGAUGAAACAACACUUGACUUUUCUUCUUAAGUUCACUUUUUGUAUUCAUUUGGGUGAAAGGGGGUAUUUUCCCAUGUCAUUUGCACACUUGUCCAUCGCUGUUCAAUGGCUAAAUAAAGGCACUCACUAGGUGUUGUUUGUUAAUAAAAAGCACCGGGCAGGAGCUCGCCUGUCAGUCACCUUCUGUCUUUUUUUCUGUUUGGCUUGUUCACUUUGGUGCUGUCUCCCUGCUGAGUUUGAUCAUGUUUUUUUUCUGUACAUAUUAUAAAUAUAUAUAUAAUAAAAUGAUGAAAAAGAUCAACGUCAACACGAGAGCUGGUCUGGUAUUGUUACUUAACAGUAUCCAUGAAAUGGGUUCUUUAACACUGAGGGACUGUACAAGAAUGAUUCGGCUGGAGAGGGGAGGGGAAAAGCAAUUGGUACAAUGUGUUCCACCAUUGAUAACUAAAAGUGUACAAAAUGUUAUCUAUUUACAACAAAUGCCACAAGGGGAAAAAGGAAAUAAAAUUCAAAUCUGGGACCCAUCUCUGCUUCAACUACCCUCCCUUGAGCAAAAAGCCUAGUUUUUAUAUAGUCCCUGACUAUUUUUAUACUGAUAUUCAGUAUCGAUCACAGUGUAAGAAUAUUUAUUGCCUAAUCAAUGUGUGUGCUGUAUAUCAAGUAUAUGUAUGUGUUUUGUGUUUCAGUCACUGCUGAAACAGCUGAAGAAUUAUAUCCCCUUUGGCACAUGUUAAAGUCUUUUAUGCAUCUUAUUUGGUGUUAAGUAAUUAUAGAAUAACAAACAUGAUUUAUGAAGUCUAAUAUGAUCAAUGUGUGAAACUGUGUUUUUGAUAUGAUUUUUGUUUUGGUUCUAUAAAUCAAAAAUACACAUUGUUGUUGAUCUUAAAGGGUCACUCCAGUAAUUUAGAAUUCCACGUCCACAAAAUUAUGGGACUCACAAGGGACAGAUUAAAACAUCAAUAAAAAAAGAUCUAAAUCUC